UCUUUCUUUCUUUCUCUUUCUACCUCUCUCCCCUCCCUCCCGCCUGCCUGCCUUCCUUUAUUCCUUCUUCUUUUUUUUUUUUUUUUUUUUAAUAUGAGGAAGGUAGCUUUAGUGAAAACAGGCUUUGGAGUUGAACCUACUUGGGUUCAAAUUCGAGUUCUGUCCACCACCGAGACCUGCGCUCUGGGGGGGACUCGCUUUCCCAUCCGCGAAACGGGGACGGCGCCGCCUCCACCCCGCGGCGUUCGGGGCGGGCUGAAUGGGACGCCGAGUACUGGCUCCAGCCACGCCCUUCCCUCCCCGCCCCCGGCGCCGAGCGACUGCCAAGGCAGUGUCCCCAGGGGACCGAAACCGGGGCGGGGUCUCGGUCCCUCCGCGGAAGGAGGGAGCCGGUCCGUACCAGGCAGGAGUCGCCGCCCCGCGCCGCCGCGCUCCCCGAGCCAUGGCGCCUUCCCUGUGGCGGGCCUGCAACGGGCUCAUGGCCGCCUUCUUCGCAAUGGCGGCCUUCGUGCAGGUAAAUGAUCCAGAUGCAGAGCUGUGGGUGGUGGUGUACACAAUCCCUGCAGUACUGACCCUGCUUGUUGGACUUAACCCUCAAGUCACAGGUAAUGUUAUUUGGAGAAGUAUCUCUGCAAUACACAUACUCUUUUGUAUGGUGUGGGCUGUUGGCUUGGCGUACUACCUCUUGCAUCAUACACAACAGAACAUCUUACAUGAGGAAGAAGGCAGGUGAGCGGU